AUGGCGGAACCUGUUCCCCCAACCGAGCUUGGACGCCUGCGCGUCCUCUCAUCCACUGCCGGUGUGCGUGUCUCUCCUCUGCAGCUGGGUGCCAUGUCGAUUGGCGAGGCCUGGGCUGGUAUGAUGGGCUCCAUGAACAAGGAGUCUGCAUUCAAGCUUCUGGAUGCAUUCUAUGAGGCCGGUGGAAAUUUCAUCGAUACUGCCAACGUCUACCAAAAUGAGCAGUCAGAACAAUGGAUUGGUGAAUGGGUUGAGGCGCGCCAAAACCGUGACUCACUAGUGCUAGCCACCAAGUUCACCAUGGACUACCGUAGCCAUGCUAUUGGCAAGGGCCCCCAAGCCGCUAAUUUUGCGGGUAACUCCCGCCACAGUAUUCAUGUUGGUGUCCGCGAUUCGCUAAAAAAGCUACGUACCGACUUUAUUGAUAUCUACUAUGUUCACUACUGGGAUUUCACCACCUCGAUCAAAGAGGUCAUGGAUGCCCUACAAAUUCUCGUCGAGCAGGGCAAGGUCCUAUACCUAGGAGCAUCAGACACCCCCGCCUGGAUUGUGGCCGCGGCUAACACCUACGCUAUCGACCACGGAAAAACCCCCUUUAGCAUCUACCAGGGACGUUGGAACCUUCUUAACCGUGACUUCGAGCGCGACAUUAUCCCUAUGGCCCGUCAAUUCGGCAUGGCUCUCGCACCCUGGGAUGUCCUUGGUGGAGGGAAGUUCCAGUCUAAGGCUGAGCUCGAGCGCCGUAAGGCUGCUGGAGAAGGGCUGCGUGCCUUUGCCGGCCGACCUCCCCAUCAGACCGAAGAAGAGAUCAAAGUCAGUGAGGCUCUGGCAAAGGUGGCAUCCGAGCACGGCAUCGAUUCCGUCACCUCCGUCGCACUAGCCUACGUCAUGUCUAAGGCCGGCAAUGUGUUCCCCCUGAUCGGCGGCCGCAAGGUCGAGCACCUCAAGGAUAACAUCCAGGCCCUGAGCCUCAAACUGACCCAAGAGCAAAUCGACCAUCUAGAGAGUGUCAAGCCCUUCAACCCCGGCUUUCCGCACAACUUCAUCCCUGCAGACCCGAAUGUCACUGGUUCAUCAUUCCUGAUUGGGCGGACCAACGCCAUGAAAUUCCCCAACGCCCAGAAGCCGACCUCUCUAUGA